GCCGUUAGCCGCGAGAGAUCGCGAGAAGGGAGCUUGGCAGAAUCAACGGCCGGGCGAUCGCCCAGAGGAUCGGCCUCCUCGUGCGCGACCGGCUCCACCACCACCACCUACGCCGCUUACUGGCGGCCCAGUGAAAUGGAGGAGAAGUCCUCGGCUCGGUUCUCCGAGUACCUGUUCGCCAAGAUGGAUGGCCAGGACGUGUCGGCCUCUCAGGGUCCCCGUAAGGUGACCGCCGACACCAGGAAGUUCAUGCGAGAGAAUCUUCUCCUCGUGGUCACACUUUCCGGUGUGCUGUUCGGUGUGAUACUUGGGUUCGGUUUGCGACCCUUGGGCCUCGGCGAUGACGCAGUUAUGUUAAUCAGUUAUCCUGGAGAGCUCUUCAUGAGGUUGUUAAAGUUAAUGAUCCUACCACUGGUGAUUGCCAGCCUUAUAUCGGGCUCGGCGAGUUUGAACGCAAGAAUGAACGGAAUGAUCGCUGUCCGAACACUGGUGUACUUUAUCCUCUCGUCACUGCUGAACGCUGUCCUUGGCGUUGUCCUGGUUCUGCUCAUCCAUCCGGGUAAUCCUGGAAUUAGAAAAUCGAUCACGACCUCGCACAGCGGGAGAGCCGUCAACAUCUUGGACAGCCUUCUCGAUUUGGGAAGAAACAUGUUUCCAGAUAAUAUUUUUCAAGCAGCGUUCCAGCAGGCGCACACGGUAUACGUUCCAAAAACGCCACCCUUCCGAAAUCUCACCGACACGAUAUCCUCCGAGGUCCUGGAAGACGACGAGGAGCUAAUGAGAGUGACACAAUACAGAAGCGGCACGAAUACGUUGGGCAUUGUUUUCUUCUGCCUGGUGUUUGGUACAUUCCUAGGUACACUCGGCGAGAAAGGCCAGAUCGUAAUCGACUUCUUCAAGGCUGUUUUCGAAGUGAUCAUGCGAAUGGUGUCGACUGUAAUGUGGAUGACACCGGUGGGCAUCACCUCUGUAAUAGCCGGGAAAAUACUAGGUGUGGCUGACCUGGCGUUGGUGAUGUCGCAGCUCGCCUGGUUCAUCGUCACGAUCGUGAUCGGUGUGUUUUUCUAUCAGCUGGUGAUCAUGCAGCUGAUCUAUCUGGCCUUCGUGAGAAAGAACCCCUUUAAAUUCUACGCCGGCCUCGCCCAGGGUACACUCACCGCCUUCGCCAUGGCAUCAACGGCUGCCGCACUUCCGGUCACUUUCCGCCUGAUGACGGACAAGCUAAGAGUCGAUCCACGAGUCACCAGAUUCGUUCUACCGAUCGGCUGCAACAUUAACAUGGACGGAACAGCGCUGUUCGUCGCUGUCGCCAGCAUAUUCAUCGCGCAGAUGCACGGCAUCGUACUGGGCUUCGGUGAAAUUAUAACGGUCAUCUUGACCUCUACCGCUGCGUCAGUCUCGUCGGCCUCAGUUCCAAGCGCCGCCCUUGUCCUUCUUCUCGUAGUCUUGAGCGCCAUAGACGCUCCAGUUUACAACGUCUCUCUGUUGUUCACCAUUGAUUGGUUCGUGGACCGCAUUAGGACCACAAACAACAUGCUGGGAGAUUGUUACGCAGCUGCGGUUGUCGAGCAGUUGUCGAAGAAGGAACUGAUGGCGCUGGACGCAGCAGCUUAUCAGUCGGAGACUGUUCUACCCACAACUAUCGCGAACGGUUGCAUUUCCGCCAACAGGGUACCUGAUCCAGACACCAUUGUCGUCGAGAUGCAAGACGACACGAGGAUAGCCGGCGCCGCCAAGUAAACAAGCUUGUUGCAUCAGCGUAUUGCAGAUACCGAGGAGCGUGACCGAAGAGACAGUUUGACCUGCGCUUCACCCCGAAACUUUAGCUUAGCCACUCUAUAAAUACACACACACACACGCGUACCAUCGAGUGCGAUGCGUUCAACGGGGAUCAAAGGAAACGUACACCGGCUACACACCCUUUUUCUGUCGCACCAUGUUUUCUACCCUCACAGAACGGACGUUUGCAGGGGACGACGUGACCUGCAACGCGAACAGAUAUCAAACAUAAAGUCAAUACGAAGGGGUGUGUCACGAUCGGUUCAGCGCUAUGGACGCAUAGCAAUAACGAAAUGCGUUUCGAAGCUUUUGUAGUGGCUUGUUCGAGCAAACAUGGAAAUAAUUCGCGAGACCACCGAUUCGAUCGCGGCUACGGAGUUAUUAACGAUCGCGUGAACAGCGUCGAAUGUGGUGCCUUAUUUAACCCGCGCGGCGUUUAUUACGGACCGCCCUCGAAAGUAGAAAAGAGAAAAUACCAAAAAAAUAACCACUUUCCAUUUGUCAAGCGUAUGCGAGCAGCGGCGUUCGGCUCACCGGCCGGUGAGUACGUUUUUUGGUGACCGAUCGAUCGUUGUACUGCCAGAAAAAUCUUUUGUACGAUGUGAACUUUUGCGAGUCGACGUUACAAUUUUUGCGAAACACUUCACUUACCUUCUGGAGACUUUUUAUUGAUUAUAUUGCGUCGGACUGUGAGCGGAACGUUGCACGGUGCCACACAACACGAUCCAACACAUUGUGACGCUUUCGUCGAUGUCCCAUUCGAUAUUCGGAUCUUGAUCGAUUGUUGACAUACGUUACGUGGAAGAAUACCGGAAACAAUACGUUAGCGGAUGGUUUUAA